ACUUCCUGUUCCUGACACUCCCCCCACACAAACAUCUACUGGAAGAAUGUUCGGCAUUAAUGAUCUCUUCGCCCGAGCGUCAGAUUCCGACAAGUGCAUUUGCAAAAACAAGAGACCCCUAUUAGUCCUGCUUGCUUCCUUCCUACUAGUUGUUACCGUUAUUGGCGUCAUCGCCAGGGUGACCACGCACAAGAACUCCAGUAGCGACAACGGUUCCUUGGCUCACGCCAUCCUCAAAUCCUCGUGCCGUAGCACACUAUAUCCAGACCUAUGCUACUCCGCAAUCGCCACUGUUCCCGGUGCGAUGGACAACCUUUCUACCCAGAAGGACAUAAUUGAGAUGUCCUUGAACAUCACAACCACCGCUGUCGAACACAACUACUUCACCAUAGAGAAGAUCAUCGGUAGCAAGAAUCUGACGAAGCGAGAGAAGACGGCACUGCACGAUUGUUUGGAAAUGGUGGACGAGACCCUGGAUGAGCUCCACAAGACCGCCGACGACCUGAAAGACUACCCCAGUAGCAAGAAGUCGAUAUUCCAGCAUGCAGACGACCUCAAGAUUCUUGUCAGUGCGGCCAUGACGAACCAGGAAUCGUGCAUAGACGGAUUCUCGCACGAUAACGCCGAUAAGGAUGUGAGGAAAAAACUACUGGCGGGUCAGGAACACGUGUACCGCAUGUGCAGUAACGCACUGGCCAUGAUCAAGAACAUGACGGACACGGACAUGGCGCAGGAGCAGUACAAGGCGAAACGUCGAGUGGAGGAGAGCAGCGAAGAGUUUCCAGCGUGGUUGUCGUGGGGGGAUAGAAAGCUUCUGCAAGCAUCAAUGUUGGUACCGGAUGUGACGGUGGCGGCGGAUGGGAGCGGGCAUUAUACGACAGUGUCGGAAGCGGUGGCAGCGGCACCGGAGAAGAGCCAUAAGAGGUAUAUAAUACGGAUAAAGGCGGGAGUUUACAGAGAAAAUGUCAAUGUACCAAAGAAGAAGACGAAUAUAAUGAUGGUGGGAGACGGGAGGAUAAACACAAUUAUCACAGGGAGACGCAGCGUUGUUGAUGGGAGCACCACCUUCCGCUCUGCCAGUGUUGCUGCGGUGGGAGAAGGGUUCUUGGCUCGGGAUAUAACGUUCCAAAACACGGCCGGACCGUCCAAGGACCAAGCGGUGGCACUCCGUGUGGGGUCUGACAAAUCAGCAUUCUACCGAUGCAACAUAAUAGCCUACCAAGAUACACUAUACGUACAUUCUCUUCGUCAAUUCUACGUGGAUAGCUUGAUCGUAGGCACCGUGGAUUUCAUCUUUGGCAAUGCCGCGGCCAUCUUUCAGAACUGUGAUAUUCAUGCCCGUCGACCCAACCGCGGACAGAAGAACAUGGUGACGGCCCAGGGACGGGACGAUCCAAACCAGAAUACGGGAAUCAUUAUCCAGAAGUGCAGGAUAGGUGCAACCUCGGAUUUAAAACCCGUCAAGCGUAGUUUCCCCACAUAUCUGGGAAGACCGUGGAAAGAAUAUUCCAGGACCGUCAUCAUGCAGUCAUUCAUCACCGAUGUCAUCCAUCCAGAAGGAUGGCACGCCUGGAACGGGAAUUUCGCACUCAACACCUUGUAUUAUGGAGAGUACCGGAACACGGGAGCUGGCGCAGCAACAGCAAAGAGGGUUAAGUGGAAGGGGUACAAGGUGAUAACGAGUGCUACGGUGGCUCAGCAGUUUACAGUUAAGAAUUUUAUCUUGGGCGAUCAUUGGUUGGGAUCCACUGGCUUUCCCUUCUCCGCCGGUCUCUGAUGGCUUUUCCAUGUUUCUUUUGCACUUCCAACACUAAGUAUAAAACAAGUGUGCGGGUCAUUUAAACUUCAUUAUU